AUGCUCCAUAGCCUGAAACCUCGGUCCUCAGAAAUACUGCGCGUAUUUGGGUCUAGUGUUUUCGCCAUUAGCAUCUUACUGAACAUCCUCACCAUCCUGCGCUUGCAACCCACAUCGGUCGAUGGCAGGAAGUACACUUACAUUGACGACGAUCAUCCGACCGAAUUACCCCUCCGUCUAGACACCGUUGCGUUGACGUUUAACAACACGGAGCGUUAUAGUACAUCUGGGAUCAUGGUCUGGUUGGAGUGGAAUUCACUUGAUCAUUUUUCACGAGGUCACGGAUUUGUGCGCCUGGGACCAAAUGGGCGAGCGUUUGGUAUCUCGAUGUUUCACCAGAUACAUUGUCUGCAAAUGAUCCGGCUCGCCCUCAUUAACGGACCCGAAGACCAUAGUGGUCAUUGCCUCAACUUCUUGCGGCAGGCCAUUCUUUGCGAUGCUGAUACUACCCUCGACCCACUCUUCGUCGACCCCGAUGGAAUGAUGACAGACACAGACGGCUUGGGUGUGACGCAUGUCAUGGGUGAGUAG